AUGGCAGUCCACUCGGAGUUUGUUGUAAGAGGCGAUCCCAAGUCAACACACGUGCAGGAUGAAGCUCUCCAACCAUUUCUGCAGCCUCGAUUCGACCCGGCCGACUACCUGAAUGCCACCUUACCUGCCUUGACUUUCGCCAACUUCACCAAAGACCGCGUUUCGCUCGCCGAACUAUCCACACAAACUCAGACGCUCAUCUCGCAACUCAACGUGCAGACGUCACGCCUCACAAACACGCUCAACCAGCUCACCGAUGACAUACUGAGGAGUGGCAGCAGGCUUGCCUACCAAGUCGAGAUGCUUCGGGGAGAGACUGCUGGCCUGACCGAUGCUCUAAACACUUCGCUCCGACCCGACAUGGCUCUGUUCGCUCCUCAGCUUCUACACCAAUCUACACAAUCCGACAGCGACCAAACUUCUCCUGACCAGCCUGCCGUAUCGACUUCGACGCAACCUACCGAACCAGACUACAUCUCCAAGCUUCGCACACUCGUCAUGGUUCGCCAACGUCUUGACUCCGUCAUCAAAGUCUUCGGCGAGGCCAUGGCAUGGCCUAUUGCUCCCUCUGAUCUGGUUUCAUCCUCGUUCAUUUCGGUAUCUGCACCUGCUGCCGGAGGCCCAGAAGAGACGCGCAAUCGUGAAGAGAAGGCCAAGGAACAUGCACAAAAGCUACGCGACGAGGUUGUACAGCUGCUACAGACUGCCGUAUCAGCAGACGAAGGUAUCGCCGCUGCAAUAACGAGGAUUGACGAGUUGAGGGACCUCUCUAUCAUCUGGAAGGGCACUGCUGAAGAGAAGGCCAGAGCUCGUCAGAUAGAUGCCCUCGAGAAGAUCGUUGAAGAUGAGCAAAAGGCUCUCGCUCGUAAGGCAGACGCAAAGAAGCGUACAGCCUCUCCCGCGACAAUUGACUACAGAAACAAUAAUGCCCCUGAGUCUACGCGGACAACCAACCAGGGCAGCGGCUACGGAUUCAUGAGCAACCUGCGCCGAAUCAAAGACGACAUUUAUCUUGAUUGA